AGAGAGAAAAGAAAAGGAAAUUGGUAUGCCUGGUAAAGUAUAUAGGAGGUACGCGUUGAUAAUGUCAAGUUUUUAUUACGACGAUUUCACGGAAGCAAUAAAAACAUUGAUUCCAUUGCUCACUCCGACACAUCGUCUCGUGCAUGAUUGUACAAGAAGCACAUACCGUCGAAGUCAUAUGCACCGCGAGUUAACUCAUAUAUACGAGUAUCAUAUCCAGGUACGGUGUACAAACAGCAACAAGAGAGAAAGAGAUAGAUAAAUAGAUAGAUAGAGAGAGAGAGAGAGAGAGAGGGAAGAGGAGAGAGAGAGAGAGAGAGACAGAGAAACAGAGAGUGAGGAGGAGAAGAAGGGGACACGUGUGUGCAUUUACGACUGUCAGCAGAACGUAGGAGCGCAGUUAUCUCCAUAAUGAUCUUCGAGAUCACCGAGAUCACGCGACGCCAGGAACGCGGAGAAAAAUUCACAUCUACCCGAUAUCUAGUAUAUAGUAGUAAUACUAGUAAUAUUAUAGUAGUCAUGGGUUUUAUAUAUAUAUAUAUAUAUAUAUAUAUAUAUAUACUUAUACUCUUCUAUACCGUCCCACGUUAGUUGAUUAACGAGAUCAUGGAGGAGGAAGAAUGAAUUUGUACGAUGAAAAAUUGGACGUUCUAACGUUGAACGGUGUAAAGCCGGCUAAGAUUUCUAACAUCUCUGAAGCAAGCCGUCCCAUCCGACUACGACGGGAGGACGAUAGGAUUACGUGGAAAGUCAGGCCUGACUCCUCGAUCGAGCUUCCCGGAAGAACGGACCUUCAUCGGCACAGGGAUGACUGCUUCCUGCCUGAUCCUCGUCGUUCUAAGCAACAUCAGCAAAAGCAUCAUCAACCACCUCCGAGCGGCUAUGCCGUCCUUCGCGGAGGAGAGCGCCGGACUUGCCUUACCUCUUCCUCCUCCGCUCUUGGAUCAUCCCCACUCCAUGUAAAAGCGCCACUACGAUCGGCUGGAAUUACUUGUCGUUUACGGUGGAACGAAAUGGAAUGGAACCGCAUUGAACGAAACGGAACGGAAUGAGUCGGGUUAUUAAUUAGAAAAGAGAAAAGGACAGAAGAGAUUCUUGGUACCACAUCGGCUUGUAUUCCCCACUUUGCCACCCACGAUCGCUGAAACAAAACGUUAACGAGCAUCGACUCUGAAACGGGGUCCCUCUCGACAGAGGGAGAAGCACCUGUUGCUCCUUCGCUUCUAGGAAAAGGACUCUUUCGGACAUCCUGCGCAGAAUAAGAAUAAGGGGAAAUAAGGACAACGGGGGAGAAAAAACAAAAAGAAAAGAAGAAAAAGGAUAAGAAACAUUGAACGAAGGAAAAAAGAAAAAAAAAAAGAAGAACAAAGCAAAUCUUAAAGAAAGAAGGAGGGAAGACUGAAAGAAGUAGAAAAAGAGAAAAAUGGAGUUGGUAUCGUUAACCUCAUCGACACCCUUGGCGUUGGCUUUGGCCCUGGCCUUUCUAUCAACGGCACGUCGUUGCGAUGGUGCAUCAGAAAGUAUCAUAGGAAGCAGGGAGACGUGCGACGUCGAGGGCGAAGAUUUCACCGUCGACAAGAUCCCAAACACAAGGUGUUUCAAUUGCAUUUGUAAGAACGGAUUCGUUGAGUGUUUGAAGCAUCAAUGUCCCAGUACCGAAGGUUGUUAUACCCUACUGGAAUCCCGGGACGACGAGUGUUGCCACAGGUGCAAAGGCUGCCUACGAAAUGGAGUUUAUCACGAGUCCGAGACAGAGUGGACCGAAGGAAAUGACCCAUGCCGGAUCUUCACUUGUAAAGCUGGGGUUAUCACCGAAUCUAGGCUACGAUGUUACACGCCUUGUUCAAAACCAAUACCAGCUGCGCCUGGACAAUGUUGUCCUGUAUGUCCAGGAUGUUACGUGAACGGUCAAAAAGUAACGGCAGAGAGAUCUGUCACCACAACCGAGGAUCCCUGUGUGACCUGUAGAUGUAACAUGGGCCGAUUAACUUGCGCCAAACAAGCCUGUCCUGUUCUUCAUUGUCCAGCUUCUAGAAUCGUUCAUGAAUCCGGAGAUUGUUGUCCUCAUUGCAAAGGCAGUGGAAGAUUUUUAUCACCUCCUAAAGGUGCUUGCAUGUUGGGUACAGCCGUUCAUAAUUCUGGUUCUCAAUUCUACGUCGACGAGUGUACACGUUGCAUUUGUACCAAUUCCGUGAUAUCAUGCACAAAGGAAACAUGUCCGGUAUUGGAAUGCACCAGCGAGCAUCAGAUAACAUUGCCAAGUCGUUGUUGUCCUCAAUGUCCUUUAGUCGAGGAAAGUCGGGCAUCUUGCACGUACGGCGGCAGAACUUAUGGGGAUGGCGAAACUUGGAAGCUUGAUUCCUGCAAGGCAUGCGCUUGCAUGCAGGGUAAGGUACGAUGCGCUAUGCCGAUGUGCCCACCAUUGAACCUACCGUGUCCACCAAAUUCGAGAUUGGAGCAUCCCGAAGGACAGUGUUGUCCUCGUUGCGUGGAAAGUGAUGGUGUGUGUACUGUGUUUGGUGACCCCCAUUACCGCACCUUCGACGGUAAAUUCUUUAGCUUCAAAGGCGCGUGCAAGUAUCAAUUGGCUAGCGACUGCGUCGGACAUACGUUUAGCAUACGCGUGACGAAUGACGCAGGUUCGACGAGAUCUUCGGCAUGGACGAAAACGAUAGCCAUGAAGAUCGGCGAUCUUAAGGUGAAUCUGGGUCAGAAGAUGAAGGUAAAAGUGAACGGUAAGAAGGUCGACGUGCCGUACAGCGUGCCAAACAAGCUCGACGUUAACAGAACGGCCGACAGCAUAAUCGUAAAUACACAGAUUGGUAUUAAAGUUCUUUGGGAUGGUAUAAGUUUCCUUGAGAUAUCAGCGUCUACAUCGUACAGAGGUAGAUUAUGCGGAUUAUGUGGAAACUUUAAUUCUUUACCGAAAGACGAUUUCACGACACGACGUGGUAGAUUAUUACAAGAUCCUCAACCGUUCGGUCAAUCCUGGGCCGUUGGGGCAAAGAAGAUGUGCUCUCGUUCGCGGACAGUUAAUUCAGAGAGGGAGAGACGUUGUAGAGGGAGAAAGGAUCAUCGAUUGUGCAAUCGCUUAAGGUCGCAGAUCUUUGAUCCCUGCCACAAGAAAGUCAAUCCAACGAUGUACUAUAAAGCAUGUCUUCAGGAUAUGUGCGAGUGCCCGACCGAGCACUGUUAUUGCGAGUCUUUCAUGGCGUACGUUCACGAGUGCAAGAGAUUGGGUAUACAGUUGCCACAUUGGAGGAAAUCUACGAGAUGUCGUACCGUUUGGGAUCAAUCGAAUGAUCCUGUGCCUUUGAGCAAACGUUUGCAUUAACGUUUGCUUUAUAUUGCGAAAGAAGUCGAUGGACGAUAACGUGUAUAUUUUCUUUCUUUCUUUCUUUCUUUCUUUCUUUUUUUUUUCCCCCUUUUUCUCUUAUUUUCUGUGUCUUUUUUUUUUAUGUAAUUUUUUCUUCUUUCUCUCUCUCUCUCUCUCUUUCUCUCUCUCUAUUUUCUUCCUCCCUACUCGUGUAUUUAGAGAAGAGACUCGUAGCGUGCAUUAAGUGCAUGCGUUUCCAUAACCGUGCGAUUCCUCCGUAUAUAUCAUACGUUCGCAUAUCAUUUUGUACGUACACACGCAAUUUUUCUCUUCUCUAUUUCCCCCUCUUUCUCUCUCUUUCUCUUUCUCUCUCGUUCGUUCGUUCGUUCGUUAACUUUUUGACAGCGCUAUACCUAAUUCGUCUAGAAAGCAUUGCAAUCUGUAACACGAUUAUGUGCUCCAACGAGACGAAAAUCUACUAGUCAGCAUUUAAACGUCGAUACUAUUAUACGCAUUGAUGGUGAACGAGCUUCUCCUCCUCCUCCUCCUCUUCCUCCUCCUCCUCUUCCUCCUCCUCCUCCUGCUCCUCCUCCUCCCUUCUACCCGUCCUCUCUUAGCGAAUUAUCAACGAUGGUUUUCCAAGCUGAUAAGAGUAAUUUUUUUUAGAUGGAUUUCAUUACGAAAAAACAAAAAAAAGAAACAAAAAUAAAAAAAUAAAAAAAAAAAAAAAAAAAAAGAAGAAAAGAAAAAAAAGAAAACAGAAAAUGAAGGAAAAAAAAAACAAAAAAGAAAAAAGAAAAAAAGAAAUGAGAAAACGAUAACGAGCAACAAUGAAGACACCCAAAAGAGAAUACUCAAAAUUCAGCAUGGUUGCCAUGGGACUGCGUUUAUCCAUGACUCCACGAGAAGAUUAAGAUCUCCGUUACGUUCGAAUUAAAUUGAGAAAAGUCGUCGAGAUUUCUUCUCGCCAGUGUCAAUACGAAAUCAUUUUUUUUUUUUUUCGUACCACGUUCACGAACGAUAAUAAUUUUUUUUUUCUUUUUUUUUUUUUUUUCUCUUGCGAACGAUUUCAAGCGACAAUGCAACCAACAUACGACGUAAUUCAUUUCUCUAGCGGCGAUUUAUUCAUUUUAAUGUUACAGAGCACCGUGCAGUAUUUCGGCCGAUGAGCAGGCUCGCGGCAUAGCAUGUACAUAUGCAUACGUACAUCCCCUCCAAUGUAAUAACAUUCGAACGCGCAUCGAUCGAAUUUUUCGAUUAUUUUAGAAUUAAGAAGCGAUUCUUUUUUUUCUUUCUCUCUUUCUCUCUCUCUCUCUCUCUCUUUCUCUCUUUUUUUUUCUUUUUUUCGCGCUCUUUUCCUUCCGAUGCCCGCGAGUAUAUUUUAUAUAUAAUAUAUAUAAUAUAUAUAUAUAUAUAUAUAUAUAUAUAUAUAUAUGUAUAUAUAUAUAUAUAUAUAUGUAUAUAUAUUAUCUACGUAACCGAUAACAACGCUGACUUAUUUUAGUUUAGUUCAUUACGUAUCGCAAAUAUUGUAUAUACGCUGCAAAAGAUAUGAUUUUUAUUAUUAUUAAGUGAAGCGAUCUCCUAGCCUCGACCUUUCUUUUUUUUUUCUUUUUUUCUUUUGUUUUUACUUCCUUUCUUUUUUAUUUUUUUUUUGUCUUUAAAUAUUUUCUUUUCUUUUGUAUACUCUCACUCUUAUUCUCUCUCUUUCUCUCUUUCUCUCUCUCUCUCUCUCUCUCUCUCUCUCUCUCUCUUACUCAUUUGCGUUUACAGCCGCUUUAAAUAAGCUAAACUUUCUUCUAAUUACUCGAUUUAAUCUCCAAAAUGUACAUAGAAAAAGUAUGAUGUAGUAAUAGACAACGUUGCAAAAAAUGAACGAUUCUUUUUGUUCUUUUCUUUUUUUUUACUCUUUCUCUUUUUUUAUUAACUAUAUGUGUACUAUCUAAUUAUUUAGUAUUAAUUAGUUUGUAAUUAAAAAAAAAAAAAAGGAUUAUUAAAAGUUAGAUAACGUUUAAUUAAAUGUGUUGCCUAACGUCAGGAGCAUGAUUUCAAAAUCGACCGCUAGAUAGCGUUAAUAAUCGAUAAUAUCGAACAUCAGAGACAUAUCGAACAGAGAAAGAGAGAGAGGGAGAGAGAAAGUGAGAAAUAGAAAGAAAGAAAGAAAAAGAGAGAGAGAGAGAGAGAGAGAGAAAGAGAGAGAGAGAGAAUGAGAGAAUUGAAAUUUGAGAAAUAGAAGUAAACAAUAUUAUAUGAAUAUUAAAAUAUAUAGAAAAGUAUUGAUCCGAUUUGUACUCUUAAUUGGAUAGAGUUUACAGACAAAGCAUCUGUGUUUAUUUAUAAUAAUACAUCCUUGUCUAUUAUAGAUCGUAGGUAACCUUUAUAGUAUAGAUCAAGGUAACCUUUCAUUUCAUUUUGAUCGCUCGUUCUAUAAGCAUCGUCGUAUCUUUCUCUUCCUCUCUUCGUAAGAUUUUUCAUAUUUUUCUAAUAUUACGUAUUCGUAAUAUUUUUGAACAAUUAUUUCUAUAAUUCGGUAUCACUUGCGAUGUAAAAUAUGUUAGAAUAUAGAAUUGUAAUCCAACGCAAAUAUCAUCGAAUUAUAUUUAAUUUUAUUACUCAACAAUGA